GUUGGAGAGGCAGUGAAGGCGCCAACUGAACAGAGAGGUUCUCAGAACUCUGGCGAGGUUCCCUUAUUUUCAACGCAGUGACAAAAAAUUUCAAGCUUUUCUCCCGAAAAUUUCCGAUUCUUCAGAGUUAAGACUCCAAUCUGAUCUCUGUUCUUCACAAAUCUUUGAAGUCAUGGAGGUAGUUCAGCUCAAGAUCGUUCUUUCACUUCUUUUCGCUGCUUUUCUGAUCGUCCCUUCGGUUCAAGCCAAAGCAGUUCGCUAUUGCGAUAGGAAAGGUAACUAUGCCGUUAAGGUGUCUGGAAUUGAGAUGUCUCCUGAUCCUGUGGUGAGAGGCGAGCCUGCGACCUUUAGCAUCAUUGCUUCAACAGGUGAAGCCAUCUCAGGUGGGAAAAUGCUGAUUGAUGUUUCGUAUUUCGGCGUCCCCAUCCACAAGGAGACCCAUGACCUUUGUGGAGAAACAUCAUGCCCUGUUUCACUUGGCGAUUUUGUGAUAUCUCACACCCAGGUUUUACCAGGAUACACACCACCGGGUUCCUACACACUAAAGAUGACGAUGAGUGAUGCAGAUGGAAAUGUAUUGACUUGUGUCAGCUUUGAUUUCAAAAUCAGGGUAGGAUCAUCGGUGGCUGCUUUUUAAGUGGUUGAGGAUGGUCCAAUAAUGUUGUCCGUUUAGUCUGCACAUUGUAAAAAAAAUAAAAAUAAAAGAUAGCCUUUGUGAGCUUUUACUGUCAAAGCACAAACUGUUAAUUCUUUCUGAUUUUGUGGUUAUGUAGUCCUUCCAUUUUGGGGUGAGACAUAUCUUUCAAAAACUGAAGCAACUGUUUAUGUGAUUCUUUUGGUGAUUCAAAUGUCAGUAUUUCACAAA